CCCCGGUCUCUUGUCACAAGUCGGCUCGUGCUCGUCCACUUUAAUCACAUCGCACCUUUUUUCCCGUGAAACCUUCGCACCCAUCAUGAGGGAGAUCGUGCACAUCCAGGCCGGCCAGUGUGGUAACCAGAUCGGUGCCAAGUUCUGGGAAGUGAUCAGCGACGAGCACGGCAUCGAUCCCACUGGGACGUACCACGGAGACAGCGACUUGCAGCUGGACAGGAUCAGCGUCUACUACAACGAGGCCACAGGAGGUAAAUAUGUUCCCAGGGCCAUUCUUGUGGAUUUGGAGCCCGGGACCAUGGACUCUGUGAGGUCUGGACCUUUUGGGCAAAUCUUCAGACCUGACAAUUUCGUCUUUGGCCAGAGUGGUGCUGGAAACAACUGGGCCAAGGGUCACUACACAGAGGGGGCCGAGUUGGUGGACUCGGUCCUGGAUGUGGUCCGUAAAGAGUCCGAGAGCUGUGACUGCCUGCAGGGCUUCCAGCUCACCCACUCUCUUGGAGGUGGGACUGGAUCUGGAAUGGGAACCCUCCUCAUCAGCAAGAUUCGUGAGGAGUACCCAGACCGAAUCAUGAAUACCUUUAGCGUGGUGCCUUCCCCCAAGGUGUCGGACACGGUGGUAGAACCCUACAACGCCACCCUAUCAGUACAUCAGCUUGUAGAGAACACAGAUGAAACUUACUGCAUUGACAACGAGGCUCUGUAUGACAUUUGCUUCCGCACACUGAAGCUGACCACACCCACCUAUGGUGACCUGAACCACCUGGUCUCUGCCACCAUGAGCGGUGUCACCACAUGCCUGCGAUUCCCAGGCCAGCUCAAUGCUGAUCUCCGCAAAUUGGCUGUCAACAUGGUGCCUUUCCCUCGUUUGCACUUCUUCAUGCCAGGCUUUGCACCCCUGACCAGCCGGGGCAGCCAACAGUACCGCGCCCUGACCGUUCCCGAGCUCACCCAGCAGGUGUUUGACGCCAAGAACAUGAUGGCUGCGUGCGAUCCUCGUCACGGCCGCUAUCUGACCGUCGCCGCUGUGUUCCGAGGCCGCAUGUCCAUGAAGGAGGUCGACGAACAAAUGCUCAACGUUCAGAACAAGAACAGCAGUUACUUUGUUGAAUGGAUCCCCAACAACGUCAAGACCGCCGUCUGUGACAUUCCACCUCGUGGCCUUAAGAUGGCUGUCACCUUCAUAGGCAACAGCACGGCCAUCCAGGAGCUGUUUAAGCGCAUCUCUGAGCAGUUCACAGCCAUGUUCCGCCGCAAGGCCUUCUUGCAUUGGUACACAGGUGAAGGUAUGGAUGAGAUGGAGUUCACGGAGGCAGAGAGCAACAUGAACGACCUGGUGUCUGAGUACCAGCAGUACCAGGAUGCUACUGCUGAAGAGGAGGGCGAGUUUGAGGAGGAGGCUGAAGACGAUGCUUAAAGAUCAAGAUGUGAAGAUGAAGAACACAAAGCCAAAAUGAAACUUUCAAUGGAACAAACCACAAAUAACCAAGAAACCAUGUUGGUGUCAAUAGCAUUACUAGGAUUCAACGUUAGCUUCCAGUAGUUUUCUCCUGUCAUUAAGUACAAAUAAACCAGUCAAACGCAAA